GUGCUGUGCUGUGCUGUGCUGUGCUGUGCUGUCAUCCCUCUGGCCCCAGCCUGCUCCCACUCCUGCAGGAGCAGUGAGAUGCUCCGGUACUGCAGCCAUCACCUCAUCACCUCUGGCCCACCUUAAGCAUUUAUAGCAGCUGGAGAUUGUGCUAGUUUAUCAUGUAGCAUCUCUUAGAGGAAGCUUACUGUUCACCCAUACUUUAUCUGUACUGCCUUGUCUGCUUUCACACCCUCUGCCAGUUUCCUCCCUCCUCCCGCAGCCUGUGAGCUCCUGGCCAGCAACACCUGCAAGCCCUGAGCUGCAGGGCAGGUCACUGGUGGUUUGCCUGUGCUGUACUUCAGCACAGCCAACCUAAAGCAACCUGGACCUGCAAAGAUGUGGUGAGCUUAACAUGGCAGCUGCACCAUGGAGGAAGGUGUUUCCCUGCUGCUACUUACUGAGGUUCAGAGAGGUUUUUCUUGGGCGACAGCAAGCAGGCAGCAAGAGGCAGUCUCUGUUGGGAAACCCAGACUUGAGCAUGCAAUAACCAUGUGAAAGCUCUGGGCAAGAGUCACAUUAACAUCUGCUGGUGUCCAGGAUGCUUGUCUAACCACUUAGCACUUGAGGUAUUUGUGCAUUUAUCAGUUAGCAGGCCUGCAGCCCAAUGCUACAGGCAGCACCCUCACCAUCUGAGCACAAACUCUGUGUUGUUCUCAGGGACAAAUAACUGCUUAACCAGGGCUCUGCUGUCGCAGUGUCUCCCUGCAUUUCUGAGGAUUUCACCACAUCUCCCACCAUUAGUGAAAUGGAGACUGACUCCCAGUCGAGUGGUAAAAUCUUGCUUUAAAAAUAAAAGGUUAUAUUAUUUCCAGUGCGCACUGAGAUGCAAGCAGAAAUUCCACAACAUCACUGAUUCAGAGAAAGCCCUGUGUGCAGGACACACAGAGCUGCUCUACGUAUGAUGGAGCCUGAUAAAAGCUGAUUUUAUCAGCUCUUCACACAACCAGCACUGCCAUGAAGCAUCUGACAGACAGUGUGACCGAAGCUCAAGACCUACUCUUACGUCUCAGGGUGUUUUCCCCGAGAAGGCAACACUUACGUCAUUAUUUGCAGCUCCUUGUCACGCACCAGCAUUUCCUCUUUUGGCCAAGUCUUUCUGUUUUCUAUUUGCAGUCUUGUACUCUCUUCUAGAAUGAACAGGUUUAAUGUUCGUUCAAUCUGUCCUUCCCUGCAGGGAGGAGGAGAGCAGCAUGUCUCACUCACUCCCUUUGGGUUUGGUCAUGCCUUGGGAUGCAGGACUUGGAUUCUGCUCUGUUUUCUUCAUCUCAGAGCAGGAGCAGCAGAUCCUGGGCCAGGAGACCCAUUAGAAGAGUUUCUGCCCAUGGGUUAUGCAUGCUUAGUGCUGGCUGCUGCAGUCCCUGCCUAUGUCAAAACCAAGUCUGAAUCAUUUUGCCUCAUCCGCACAGGUUGGCUUAGAGAAUUAAUAGUGACAUUAUCACAGGUUGUCCUGGUAUCCAUGUGUUAUCUUCUGUGUGUCAUUCCCCCCCUCAUUCAACGGCUCCUAUUUAAUUGAGCCUGCCUGCUGUGUCUUAUUGGAAGCACUCCCAGAUAUAUUUACUCAUAAACUGAGUAAACAUAAACAGAGCUUGGGACGGAGAUGCAUCCCAGUUACAGUCUGCCUGGCAAAGCCAAUCUUGUGGACUUAAAUUCACAUUUAUAACAGAGUAAAUAUUUCCUUAAACGCCGUUUUUAUAGGAACCAUGCAUCUAUUGAGAGGUAGGAACGUCUUACCAUUUUUCCCCCAUUUCAGGUCUCAGACCAUCACGUGCCAUUCACAUAUAAGGACAAUGAACGAGUCCAGGAGCUGCAGUCUCACACACAUAGAGGUGAAUUCCCAUGUUCGUGUUGCUGAAUUUGCUCUAUAUAUCCUCACUUUCUUUUUUGGAGCCAUUUUUAAUGUUCUUGCCCUAUGGGUGUUCUUCUGCAAAAUAAAGAAGUGGACAGAAACCAGGGUUUACGCCAUCAACUUGGUCUUCGCUGAUUUCUUUGUCAUCUGCAUCUUGCCUUUCAUGGCAUAUUUGAUCUGGAAGAACUCAGCCCGAGAUGAACUCUGCCAGUUUGUAGAGGCAAUGUACUCCAUCAACAUGGUAGUGAGCAUCUACAUCAUUUCAUUUAUCUCCAUUGACCGGUACCUCGGUAUAAAGCACCCCCUGAAAGCGAGGGCCUUCAGGUCUCCAUCCAAAGCUGCUGUUCUAUGUGGGCUCCUGUGGCUUGCUGUCACCAUUGGAAGCAUCUCAAAACAUCAGCAGAGAUAUGCUGACUUCUGCUUUCAGUACGACACCGGCGUGCCCACCACUGUGAGGCUGCUUUCCUUUUUCUUCAUUUUCACUCUUCCAUUAGCAGUCUUGACCUUUUGUUCCAUAGAAAUCAUCAGGAGCCUUAAGAGACAGCUGAAGACAAACUCACUGGAGGAGAAGUCAAUCCAAAAAGCUCUUUACAUCAUUUAUGCCAAUCUGUUUGUGUUUCUGCUCUGUUUUCUGCCUCCCUACGUCAUAUUCAUUGCCAAGAUUGUAAUGGAGCACACUGAAACUAGCUGUUCCUUGAUCCACUUUGUGAAGAACUUCUCCUCCAUGACACGGUGCAUUGCCACGUCCAACUGCUGCCUGGACUGCGUCUGCUACUACUUUGUGACCAAGGAGUUCCAGGAAGCCAUCCUACUGCCCAAGUCCAGCACUGCCAGAACAACACAAACCCGUUCUGUGCAGACACAUGUUUGCUAAAGAAAGGAAAAAACUAAACAAUAAGAA